AUGUUAGAACCUCUCUUAGGAACAAUCACCAAUGUAACGUUCUUCUAUAUGAUUUUGAUAUGGGUUUUAUUCAAUAGUUUGAAACUAAGCAAGCAUAACAAUAAUCUACGUUUCAAACACAAACCAACCCUAUUUGCUUCGAUCACUGUUUUGUUCAAUGGUGUUAUGUCUAUUUUGAACGUAGCUACUGUUUUCUAUGAUCAUAGUUACACAACUAGUGGAGUCAUAGGGUAUAACCCUAACCCUAUUUCAUUGUCUUUUACUUGGGUUUUAGCAACAUUGGUUUCAUACUAUUCAAUGAAGAAAACACUUGGGGAGUGUAAAAGGUUUCCUAUUGUUCUAAUUCUUUGGUGGGUCUUUGCUACUAUAAUUGAUAUCAUCUCAUUGUCUUUAAAGCUAGUAAAAAAUUCAGAAUCCAUGAACUUUAGGGUUUUUCUGCUGGAGAAUAUAGUUGGUGCAGUUUCUUUUCCUAUUUUGUUACUUCUAUGCAUCAAUGCACUUCCCAAUGUGUGCACAAAGGAGCAAAGCGAAACCGAACAAAGGUUACUUGAAGAAGAGUUUGAAUCUUCUACUUUGGGAGAAGAAGAUGAAGAGGCUUUCACAAAAGCUAGUUUAUGGAGUCUCCUCACAUUCACUUGGUUGAAUCCUAUUUUUAAAAUCGGUCGGAUUCAGAAGCUUGAACAUGUCCAUGUUCCUUGUGUUCCUAACUCUGAAACUGCUGCUAUUGCUUCUUCUAUGUUGAAAGAAUCUAUUCACAAUCAAACACUUAAAGGUGGUUCCUUGGCAAAAGCUAUUAUCUUCUUUAUUUGGAAAUCCAUGGCCUUCAAUGCAGUUUUAGCAGGAGUUAAUACUAUUGCAUCCUAUAUUGGUCCAUUGUUGAUAUCAAACUUCGUAAACUUUUUGUUAUCCAAAAAUGAUAAUUCAAGCAAUCAAUAUGGACUGAUUAUUGCCUCCAUUCUCUUCCUCUCAAAAACCGUGGAGUCAUUGAGUCAGAGACAAUUGUACUUUGGUGCUCAAAGAAUUGGAAUUCGAGUCCGUGCAGCUCUUAUGGCCCAAGUUUAUAGCAAGUCUCUAUUAGUCAAGUGUCGUGUACCGGCAGAUGGUAACAUAACCAAUUUGAUUAACAUAGAUAUCGAUAGAGUUGGAGACUUCUGCAAUCAUAUUCAUGGAAUUUGGCUGAUUCCGGUUCAGACAUUUUUGGCCUUGAUCAUCUUAUGCAUAAAUCUAGGUUGGAUACCAUCUCUUGUUGCCUUUGCCGUCACAACUUUGGUUAUGAUGUGUAACACACCUUUGGCCAUCAUGCAAAAAGGUUUGCAGUCCAAAAUCAUGGAAGCCACAGAUGCAAGAAUGAAAAUGACAUCAGAGACCAUCAAGAACAUGGGAAUUUUGAAGUUGCAUUCAUGGGAAUUAACAUUCAUGCAGAAACUUCUCCGGUUUAGGGACACUGAAAUGAGCUGGGUGAAAAAAUUCCUCCAUGCAAGUUCCGCAGUAGCCACUCUUUUUUGGACAACUCCAACUUUGGUUUCUGUUUUCACUUUUGGGGCAUGUAUAUUGGUGAAGACUGAGCUAACUGCGGCAACAGUCCUCUCAGCUCUUGCAACAUUCCGCAUUCUACAAGAACCAAUUUGCAAUAUGCCUGAGCUUAUAUCCAUGAUUACUCAAACCAAAGUAUCAAUUGAUCGUAUCCACAAGUUCAUAGAAAAAGAGGAUCAAAAUCCAUUCAUUAAUAGGCCUGCUUCCGAAUCUUCAACAGUUUCUAUUGAAAUCAAGCCGGCAGAAUAUGCAUGGGAAGCAACCGAUCAAACCACCACCAAGAAAGCAACAAUUACAAUUAAAGAAUCAUUUAUGAUAAAGAAAGGUCACAAGGUAGCGAUUUGUGGACCAGUAGGGUCGGGAAAAUCAAGUUUACUUCUCAGUAUGCUUGGUGAGAUUCCAUUGAUUUCUGGGGAAGCAACCGAAGUGUAUGGAACCAGAAGCUAUGUGCCACAAAGUCCAUGGAUCCAAUCAGGAACUGUGAGAGAAAACAUACUCUUCGGAAACAAAAUGGAUACAAUUUUAUAUGAAAAUGUCCUGGAUGGUUGUGCGUUGAACCAUGAUAUCAAAAUAUGGAGGCCAUACGGAGAUUCAAUCCCUGUGGAGGAGAGGGGCAUUAACUUAAGUGGAGGGCAGAAACAACGAAUUCAACUGGCAAGGGCGGUCUAUAAUAACUCGGAUAUUUAUUUCCUUGACGAUCCUUUUAGUGCUGUUGAUGCUCACACCGGAAGUCAUUUGUUUAAGGAAUGUCUUGUGAAAUUGUUGUGUGAUAAAACAGUUGUUUAUGCCACACAUCAGAUGGAAUUUUUGGAAGCCGCAGACGUUAUUUUGGUUAUGAAAGAUGGACAAAUAGUGGAGUCGGGAAGCUAUAGAGAUCUCAUAGCAUGUCCUGAUAGAAAACUUGUCCGACAAAUGGCGGCUCAUAAAGAAACAAUAAAACAAAUUCCAUCCCUAGAAGAAGAUGACACUGUUAGCUGCAGAAGCAGACCCUGCCCUAAAAAUCUAAUUGAAAUUGAUGAACAGAAUGGUCAGGAGAUCGCCAAGGAUGAGAAGAGAACGAGAGAAGAGGAAUCAAUGACCGGUCGAGUAAAAUGGAGUGUUUACUCAACCUUUGUCACAUUGGCUUACAAUGGAGCACUUGUUCCGGUUAUUCUCCUAUGUCAAAUUCUCUUUCAAGCUAUGCAGAUGGGAAGCAACUAUUGGAUUUCUUGGGCUGCAGAACAAAGGGGAAGAUUCAACAAUGGGCGGCUUAUUGGAAUAUUUACCCUUCUGUCUGGUGGGAGCUCCAUCUUCAUCUUGGGAAGGACUGUUUUAAUGACAAUAGUUUCGGUCGAAACAGCCAGACGCCUUUAUCAUGGAAUGACCACAUCAGUUUUCAGGGCACCUAUUUCCUUUUUUGAUAACACACCUUCAAGCCGAGUUUUGAGUAGGUCAUCUACAGAUCAAACAAGGGCAGAUAGUGACAUUCCAUACAGAUUAGCUGGACUAGUCUUUGCACUUAUCCAGUUAUUAAGUAUCAUUGCCUUAAUGUCUCACGCCGCAUGGCAAGUCCUUCUUGUCUUUUUUGCGGUUUUUGCCAUCUCCAUCUGGUAUCAAGUGUAUUAUAUCACUACAGCAAGGGAAUUGGCCAGGAUGGUAGGGAUUCGAAAGACACCAAUCUUGCAUCACUUCUCGGAAUCAAUUGUUGGGGCUACCACAAUCCGGUGUUUCAAUCAAGAGAGAAUAUUCUUGACCAAGGCUAUGUCUUUAAUCGAUGAUUAUUCUCGUGUAGCCUUUCACAACUAUGCCACCAUGGAAUGGUUGUCUGUUAGAAUUAAUUUUCUCUUUAAUUUGGUCUUCUAUUUUGUUCUCGUCAUCUUGGUUACUUUGCCGAGGUCUUCCAUUGAUCCGAGCUUAGCAGGUCUUGUAGCUACUUAUGGUUUGAGCCUCAAUGUACUUCAGGCUUGGGUGAUAUGGAACCUUUGUAACGUCGAGAACAAAAUGAUAUCAGUAGAGAGAAUAUUACAAUUCUCGACUAUACCUUCUGAAGCACCACUAGUUAUUCAAGAUUGUAGGCCGACACCAGAGUGGCCUAGCGAAGGAAAAAUCGAACUCAACAACCUGCAUAUACAAUAUGAUCCUGCUGCUCCCAUUGUUCUCAAAGGUGUCACUUGUGUCUUCCCAGGACAUAAAAAAAUUGGUAUAGUAGGCCGGACAGGGAGUGGGAAAUCUACUAUGGUGCGAGCUCUCUUUCGAGCAGUGGAGCCUUUAAGAGGAUGCAUAGUUAUCGAUGGUGUAAAUAUUUCAAAUAUUGGCCUGCAUGAUUUAAGGUCCAAGCUUGGCAUAAUUCCUCAGGAUCCGACCUUGUUUUUAGGCACCGUAAGGACUAACUUGGAUCCUUUGGAAGAACAAACAGACGAAGAGCUAUGGGAGGUUCUCCGCAAGUGCCAUCUCGCUGAAUUAGUACGACAAGAUCCAAGGCUUCUCGAUGCACCAGUGGCUGAGAAUGGAGAAAAUUGGAGCCUUGGACAGCGACAACUAGUUUGCCUUGCUAGAUUAUUGCUGAAUAAAAGACGAAUUUUGGUCCUAGAUGAGGCAACUGCAUCCAUAGACACCGCAACUGAUAGUUUAAUUCAAAAGACUAUCAGGGAAGAAACGAGUGAUUGCACCGUCAUUACAGUAGCACACAGAAUUCCCACCGUCAUUGAUAACGAUAUGGUUCUAGUCCUUAACGAAGGUAGAAUUUUGGAGUAUGAUAAUCCAGCUCGAUUGCUACGGGACCAAUCUUCUUCGUUCUCAAAGCUGGUGUCAGAAUAUUCAAGGAGAUCAUCUCAAAGUUAA